GAAUAUGUUGUUUCAUUAUAUAGUACUAUUACUCAGCCUCUCAAAGAAUAUGUAGAUUAGAGAGAGAUGAGUCAACUUCUCAAAGAAUAUGGAACUCCACUAUCUUUGGUCAGGAAAAGUAUGUCAUGUAAACUGAUCAUAUGCAUACAUUGACAUUGUGAUUUGGUUGUGUAAGAGGGGCUAAUGGAUCAAGAACUGAGAGAAAAGAGUGAAGACUGUGAUAGUUCAAGAAAUUUGGAAAGUGUGAUUGCAAUGGGAGGCAGAGACUUGGAAGAAGGUGGAAACAAGACAUUGGUGGUGGAUGUGGAGAGGGGGGAGGCAUGUUCGUCUGGCUCGAUGAUGGAGGCUGUGGCGGGGAACGAGAGGCUCUGUAGAGUGUGCCAUUUGAGUGCGAAGGAGAUUGGGAAGAGCGGAGCUGAGCUGAUUGAGCUUGGCUGCGGAUGUAAAGGUGAGCUUGGAUUCGCUCACUUGCAAUGCGCCGAGGCUUGGUUUAGAGUUAAAGGGAACAGAUUGUGUGAAAUAUGUGGCGAGGCUGCGAUAAAUAUAAGUGGCACCGGUGACAGCAGUUUCGUGGAGGAGUGGAACGAGAGGCGAUGGAGUGAUGGGAGCAACAGCAGUGCUUCAGAUGGAAGCAGAAGAUGUUUGCAGGGGCAGCCACUUUGUAAUUUCUUGAUGGCUUGUUUAGUUAUAGCAUUCAUUCUCCCUUGGUUUUUUCGAGUAAAUUUGUUUUGAUUUUGCUGUA